AUGGAUGAAGCUACGGAUGCUUAUCAAAGAAGUGUAGCUAACACUCUUUUUGCAUGUAACAACAAUACAAAAUUAGUCUCUGUAGACUUUCUUGCACAUGUAAAUAAUGUAACUGUGGGCCAUACACUUGUUAACAUUCGCUGCAUAUAUGAAAAAUGUUAUCUAAUUAAAACAUUGUUAGAAAAAGUUAAAGAAAUGUUCACUAGAAGUCCAGCACGUCUUCCAUUUAAAAUUGCUCAUCAAAAGUUUGCAGCACAUAUUUCCUCUCAUCAUGGAUGUCCUCUUUUUAGUGCAUGUCGAAUUUUUGAUCCAAAAUUUAUUCAAUUUGUUGAUUUAACACAAAGAGAUAUAGCAUUUGAAUAUACAUACAUGGUAGAACAAAGUCUUUCUAAAUAUAAUGCAAUUAUAGAUGAUAAUUGA